AUGUCAGCACAGACCGCCACCGAGUUGCAUGACUUGCAGAAGUAUCGCGAGACGCCGCCAGCAGAUGUGCAUAUUUCCCCCGCCAGGCCCACAGCAGAUUCAACAUCCGGAGUGGAGGAAGCGGCCGCCGCCGUCCCAGCGGUCGCAACAACGACGACAGGCAUUCACCCGAAGAGCAGGGCAGUCCUCAUCAUUACCCAGGCCUGCGGCCAGUCAUUCUUCAGCAGCUACUGUAAUGGUAUCGUUGUUGUCGCGCUGCCGGCUAUGCAAGCCGAGCUACGCCUGGAUGAGAGUCUUCUUGUCUGGCCAAGCUCCAGCUACUUCCUAGUUGCAGGGUCAUGCCUCUUGUUGGCUGGUUCUAUUGCUGAUGUUGCUGGUGUUAAGAAAGUGAAUCUGGCAGGGUCUUCCCUCAGUGCCCUUGCCGCGGUUGCUUGCGGCUUAGCCCGCAGUAGUGGGCAGAUCAUUGCUUUCCGUGCCGCACAAGGACUUGCGUAUGCCAUUAUCACGCCUUCAUCCAUCGCCCUCAUUUCCAAUAGCGUGGAGGAGGGACGACCCCGCAACAUAGGAUUUGCUUGCAUGGGAUUUUCUCAACCUAUCGGCUUCUGUUUUGGCCUGAUUCUUGGCGGAGUGUUCACAGACACGGUAGGCUGGCGGCCAGCCUUCUACCUGGCUGCGGCUGCUAGCAGCACCUUGUUUCUUGCAAGUAUUUGGGCUCUGCGACAAGAACCUCGAUUUGAUUCAUUUCCGUUUAUUUGGAAGAGACUCAUUCAGGACAUAGACGUAAUCGGAAUUGUCCUGGCAAGCAUCGGAUUAGCUUCCAUAUCCUAUGUGUUGGCGUCCCUGUCAGCUGACGUCGGCAGCAUCCACGAUCCGGCCACUAUCGUAUUGAUCGUCAUAAGUGGUCUCUCGGUCCCGUGCUUCGUUGCCUGGAUGCAUCGUCAGGAGAAGAACAACCGUAAUGCACUCAUUCCCAACUCGUUGUGGCGCAGCCACGUCUUUACUAGUUGUUGCAUCAUGGUACUUUUGACCAAUGGUCUUGUCAAUUGCAUGGAAUUAUACAGUAGCCUGUUCUUCCAACAGGUCCAAGGUCUGUCGGCUGUUCGGGCCUCGCUUCAAGUCGUCCCGUCGCUCGUUGCUGGUGCGCUCACAAGUAUUACAACCGGCUUUUUUGUUCACCGUAUGCCAGUCUUGUGGAUGCUGUUGGCCGCGUCGGUGAUGAGUACCGUUGCACCACUUCUUAUGGCAGUGGUCCAGAUCGACCAGCUGUAUUGGGAAAACGCCUUCUUCGCUCAGAUCCUCGCGCCUAUCAGCUGUGAUAUCCUUUUCACAAUCGGUCUACUCAUAAUCUCGGAUGUGUUUCCUAAGCAGAUGCAGGGUCUCAGCAGCGCUGUCUUCAACACAUGUGCGCAGCUCGGGAGUGCCAUCGGCUUGAGUGUCGCGCAGCUCAUCGCGGCGUCCGUCACGAAUGGUUCAACUUUUCUUGAUAAGUCUUCGCCUGACGCACUAAUGAAGGGGUAUAGGGUUGCCUUCUGGACUAUGUUCGGUUGGAUGGCAUUUGUCUGUCUAGUGUGUAUCAUGGGAAUGCGCCGGGUCGGUGUUAUAGGAGUUAAGCGAGAUUGA